GUCAGUCACCGGCACACAAUUCAGAAAGAAUUUUUUUAAUUCGGAAAUUUCCAGAAAGCUAAGAAUAUAACAACAUAUAUAAAAUAAGAAUGUCUGCCAACGAAGCACAGUUCGACAAUAUAUUGCUGGCUCUGGCCGAGAAGCAUCAGGGCGGUGUUCCCGACUUUCUGCAUACAUUGGCCAGCUUUUUGCGCCGCAAAACUGAUUUCUAUACAGGCGCCAAACAGGCAGAGUGGGAGAAGAUGCUUUUGGAGAUUUUUCGCAAAGAAUCCAAGCUGGCAAUGGCCGCUCAUGAGGAGAAAGUCAAAGCACGCGAAGCAUCGCAGCGUUUGAAAGAUGAAAAGGAACGCGCUGAGCGUGAGGCGCGCCAAAAGGAAAUGGAUGAUAAUAAAAUAUGUGAUAUAACUGACGAGGAGGCUGCUGCCAUCAUUAAAGAGCAGGAGGACAAAAAGCGACAGCAGCUGCUGGAUGGCGCUGGGGAUGCAACAAAAGUCACAGCCACCAAUGAGGAAGUCUCCAAGCCCAUUGAGAAGGCGGAGGAUGAUACCGAAAAGGAUGAAGUUGGUAAAUUGAAGCCAAAUGCUGGCAACGGUUGCACCCUCGACAAAUACAUGUGGACACAGACGUUGCAGGAGUUGGAGCUGAAGAUUCCCUUCAACGUGACAUUCGCUUUGCGUGCUCGCGACAUUGUGGUCAGCAUUGGCAAGAAAUCAUUAAAAGUGGGCCUCAAAGGUCAAGAGCCGAUCAUCGAUGGUGAGCUCUGUGGCGAGGUCAAGCAGGAUGAAUCGGUUUGGGUACUUCAAGAUAGCAAAACAGUGCUGAUUACCCUUGAGAAGAUCAACAAGAUGAACUGGUGGAGUCGCUUAGUUACCACCGAUCCCGAAAUAUCCACACGUAAAAUCAAUCCAGAGCCAUCCAAGCUAUCCGAUCUUGAUGGCGAAACACGCAGCAUGGUUGAGAAAAUGAUGUACGAUCAGCGCCAGAAGGAGAUGGGUCUACCCACCAGUGAAGAUCAGAAGAAACAAGACAUACUCGAAAAGUUCAAGCAACAACAUCCCGAAAUGGACUUCUCCAAAUGCAAAUUCAACUAAAAAUUGGGGAUUCUAGGACUUUUCUACAUAUUCCACAGAUUUUCUCAACUUUCAGUAUCUUACACACACACACACACACUCACAAGCAUUUAAAAUGUGUAAUAGCAUUGCAAAUAAAUCAACUACAAUUUGUUCAACAUAAA